AUGCUAAUGGAAGAUUAAACAAAGAUUAUUCCUAAUGAACAAAAUGAUAAGCCCAUUCAUUGUGAUAAUUUAGGCAGGUCAGUAAAGUCAAACAGUUAAAUAUAAAUGGCUGAUCUGAAUGUUAUAUAGACUCUUAUUUUUAAAAAUCAAGAUGGAAAUCUCAUAAUUGGCUUGAGAAAGGAAUAUUCAAUUUUGUAAAAUCUUGAAACUAAUAUGCGCAUUGCUUUGGAGUUCAAAGAAAAGUUAUCUUCAAUUUUCAAGGUCGAUGAUUUUCUGGUUUUAUUCUGUUUGUAAGGCUACAUCGAAGUAAUCUAAAUAAAGGAUUUUAAAAAGGUGAGAUCAUUUAGACACUCCUCUGAAUUAGAUUUCUCUGAUGUUGCUGAAACUAAUUUACCUAAUGAGUUCUUAGUAGGAUUUGCACACAAAUAGAAAAAUUAAUACAUUAAAGGAAUGAUUGCCUCAAUUAUACUUGCCAUAAGUGAACUAUAAGAGAAUAAGAUUAUAAUAAGCUAUGAAGAGGUAUUAAAAAGUUAGACAAGCAUUAAUUUUUAAGGAUAUUAAAACUUGCCUGUUAUUUGUUUUGCAAGAGCCAAUAAUGAUUUGUUCGUAGUCUGCUCAAUUGUUGAUAGUUUUAUGCUGUAUGAUCUUGCCUCCCGAAAGAUUCUUUAUGAUAGAUGUAUUCCUAAUCCAUCAUAAUCAAACAACUUCAAUUAUUUGCAGCCUAUCAACAUUUAAUCUAAAUAGUACCCCUAUUUGAUAUACAAAGACUCUAGAAGUAUUGGAUAUAUUGACUGUACUAAUUUAGAGGCCUAAAUGAUUGAAUAAUGUAUUUUUAAGACUCUUGGUAAUCAUUACUCACUUUAUUAGGAGACAAUUGGACAUGGAUUAAUGAAAUUGCACACAUUAUAUUAUAAUCCAGAGGAGAAAGUGAAUCACUAAUCAUUCUUAAGAAAAUUGAUGGAAAUUGAGUAUCAAUUUCCAAGUAAGUGA